AUGAAGGGCGAGAAACGCAGAAAUUAUGACUUUUCACGCUUCAAGGAGGCUUAUAUGAAAGUUAUAAAGGAUAAUUGGUCAGUGUACAAGGCGUCGAAGGAAUGUGGCAUACCGUGGUCUACUUUGAGAAGACACAUAGCUACUCAUGGAGGUGAAAGUUUCGACUUACCUAAACUUGGGAGACCAUUCACAUUAGACAGCGACCUUGAAUGUAAGUUUGUUUCCUACAUAAUUAAAAUGCAAGAACUAGGAUUUGGUCUCAGCGUCACAGACAUCAAAGCUAAAUGUUACGCUUUAGCAGUCCAAGCAGGAAAAGAUCACCAGUUUAACGAUGCUAAAUGUAAAGCUGGGCCUUAUUGGUGGUGGUCGUUUAAAGAACGGUACAGGCUUUCAUUGCGCACGCCAGAAAAGCUUGCAGCAUGCCGAGCUGUUACUGCUAACAGACAAAACAUUGACGAUUUUUAUAAAAAGCUACUGGACGUCGUUAUUGCGCUGGAUAUUCUGCAAAAGCCUGAAAGGAUUUAUAACUGUGACGAAACCGGUGUAACGUUCGUCGUAAAACCGUCAAAAAUUGUCACUCAAACUGGAAAGAAGGCCCGAUAUUUAACACCUCAAAGCACGAACAACAUGGACAGUCCUGAAGAAAACAUCGUCGCCAUAUCAAACGAAACCACAGUCGCCGUUACCAGUGAGGAGACCGUUACCUCGAUUCGUGUCCCCUCUGCUUCUCCAACUCCUGGACCUUCAACUGAAAGCAACCUGAAGCGUAAACUACCAAGAGUCAAGGUAGAGAAAACACCAAAAUCAAAUAAAAGUACGAUGUGUGACUAUUGCGGCGUUCACUACUCCCAAGAUGUGGCACUUAGGAACGGAGCUGUAUGGGUAGAGUGCAUGAGCUGCGGCAAAUGGUACCACCAAGAAUGUACUGGCACAGAGUCGCCACAGUUCCUGUGUGAUAAUUGUGAUAAAGUAGACUUUUCAGGCACUGAUGACAGUGAUUGGGCACCUGAA